AUAUAGUGUUGUUUAUUGCAAUUUAAUUCGUUCUCAGGCCGCGUCUGUGUUUGCUCAUCCCCAAAACAGAUUUUAUUCGUUAGCAAAAAUGACUACUAAUUUAAACUGGGAAUCUGAAAAGGUCCGCCUUCUAAAUAUGUCCCUUGAAGACAGAAGAAAGCGAUUUGAAAAAAAUGAUUACAUUACAUUGGAUACAAUUCAGUCUUGGCGUAUCUAUUCGAUUAAGCACAAAAAUUUGGAAGCGAAGAAGCCUACUUUGGACGAUUUGAACGAAUUCAAAAAAAUAACACUUAACCAGGCUUUAAGCAAACAGCUGUUGGAGAAGGUGGCUAUUUAUACAGGGGAUAUCACAAAGUUGGAGGUGGACGCAAUUGUGAAUGCUGCAAACUCAUUGCUGAAAAAAGGAGGUGGUGUAGAUGGUGCAAUCCACCGGGCUGCUGGUCCAAUGUUGCAGCAAGAGUGUAACACUUUGGGAGGUUGCCCGACAGGACAAGCAAAAAUCACUGGAGGUUACAAUUUACCAGCUAAAUAUGUAAUCCACACAGUUGGGCCUCAAGACGGUUCAGAAACUAAGCUCCAAGAAUGUUACGAAAAUAGUUUUGCUUGCAUGGAAAAACAUGAUCUCAAAUCCAUCGCCUUCCCAUGCAUAUCUACAGGCAUUUACGGCUUUCCAAACAGAUUGGCUGCCCACAUUGCAUUAAGAACUGCAAGAAAAUUUUUGGAAAAACAUGAACAUAAGAGGGAGGUAGAGAGAAUGGAGAAGAUUAUCUUCUGUACUUUCAUGCCUAUUGAUGUGGACAUCUACGAGACACUGAUUCAAAUGUAUUUUCCCUCACAUGAAUGGAAUUAUAAUGAUGGUGCUUCAGUUACAGAACAGUAAAUUUUGAAAUUAACGAAUGAAAAUUAAUUAACUUGUGAAAAUUAUUUAUUUUCAUACUGUUGCAGAAUAUGUAACAUUAUGGUCCAAUUCCAGCUCUCUGUAUCUCCUAUCAAUUUUAAAAAUAAGCCAACAGUUUUGCAACUUCAAAAUGUUAUAUGAAAACUUCUAAUAUAAUAAUGCGCACAUUCAUAGCCAUAUUGAUAAAUUUAUUAUGUAUAAAAAUUUAACCUAAAUACAUACAAUCUUAUUAAAUAACCUUUUAUUCGCAGAUAUGCGUCAGGCUAUCGCAAACAGUGAAAUUAUUGUAUGUUUAUAUAACUUUAAUUAAGGUUAAUAGUGCAAGUUAAUUUAGGUGAUACAUAAACUAUAUUUAAUUGUAUAUUAGGUAUCCAAUAUAAAUGUAGGCCAUACAAAUAUUUCUCCCGGCCAUGG